AGGUCUGUGCGUGUGGUGCACGUCUACCGUGUGUGGUCUGUGCGUGUGGUGCAGGCAGGUCUACCGCGUGUGGUCUGUGCGUGCACGUCUACCGUGUGUGGUCUGUGCGUGUAGUGCAGGCAGGUCUACCGCGUGUGGUCUGUGUGUGCACGUCUACGCGUGUGGUCUGUGCGUGUGGUGCACGUCUACCGUGUGUGGCGCUGGGCACAAUCCUCGGUACCUGAGAAGCGAGUGAGGGAGCGAAUGCUCCAACACUUCUCUCCGUCUCCGCCCUGCAGUCUGGGACAUUCCUCACACUGCCUUUGCUUUCCUGGGCUCCAUAUACUGGCCUGUCCAUGUCUUAUCCCGGCCAUGUGCCACAGCUCAUCUCCCGGGGGAGGCGCAUGAUCACCCGCAAGGAACAACCCCUCUCCUGUCUUCUGACUCACUUCUGUUACCCUUCUCUGCCUUAUUUUCCUUUCCUCACGCUUCUAUCUCUCCCCAAACUGGGUUGUCCAUUCUGUGGGAACCAUGAGUGUUUCAUCCGCUUCUGAUCUCAGCCCUGAGCUGACGCCAGCGCUGGGCCCCCAGGAGGCUCUCAGUUCUACUCACUUUAUGAGUGAAAACUGCGGGACAGUGUGCUGGAGCGCCCUAACUUCUUCCUGGGUGACCUCCUGCCAUGUGGCCCCCUCAUCCUCUUCAACAACUCACCCCUUCCUGUCUCCUUCCCCUCCAGCCACUGCCCACCUGUACCCAGCUGGGCUCAGCAUGGCGAACUUCACACCUGGCAAUGGCAGCUCAGCCAAUCAGUCUGUGCGCCUGGUCACGGCCACCCAUAACCACCUGGAGACAGUGGAGAUGGUGUUCAUCGCCACAGUGACAGGCUCACUGAGCCUGGUGACUGUUGUGGGUAACAUCCUGGUGAUGCUGUCCAUCAAAGUCAACAGGCAGCUGCAGACAGUCAACAACUACUUCCUGUUCAGCCUGGCAUGCGCGGAUCUCAUCAUAGGUGCGUUCUCCAUGAACCUCUACACCGUGUACAUCAUCAAGGGCUACUGGCCCCUGGGCGCGGUGGUCUGUGACCUGUGGCUGGCCCUGGACUAUGUAGUGAGCAAUGCCUCCGUCAUGAACCUUCUCAUCAUCAGCUUUGACCGCUACUUCUGCGUCACCAAGCCCCUCACCUACCCUGCCCGCCGCACUACUAAAAUGGCAGGCCUCAUGAUUGCGGCUGCCUGGGUCCUGUCCUUUGUGCUCUGGGCCCCCGCCAUCUUGUUCUGGCAGUUUGUGGUGGGCAAGAGGACAGUGCCUGAUAACCAGUGUUUCAUCCAGUUCUUAUCCAACCCGGCAGUGACCUUCGGCACAGCCAUCGCUGCCUUCUAUCUGCCCGUGGUCAUCAUGACGGUGCUGUACAUCCACAUCUCACUCGCGAGUCGCAGUCGAGUCCACAAGCAUCGACCCGAGGGCCCCAAGGAGAAGAAGGCCAAGACUCUGGCUUUCCUCAAGAGCCCCCUGAUGAAGCCGAGUAUCAAGAAACCUCCACCAGGGGGCGCUUCUCGAGAGGAACUGCGCAACGGGAAGCUAGAAGAGGCCCCUCCGCCAGCCCUGCCCCCGCCUCCACGCCCGGUGACCGACAAGGACACUUCCAAUGAGUCGAGCUCUGGCAGUGCCACCCAGAACACCAAGGAACGGCCACCCACAGAGCUGUCCACCACAGAGGCCACCACACCAGCCCUGCCCGCCCCUACCCUGCAGCCACGAACCCUCAACCCAGCCUCUAAAUGGUCCAAGAUUCAGAUUGUAACCAAGCAGACAGGCAAUGAGUGUGUGACAGCCAUUGAGAUUGUACCGGCCACUCCAGCUGGCAUGCGCCCAGCAGCUAAUGUGGCCCGAAAGUUCGCCAGCAUUGCUCGCAACCAGGUGCGGAAGAAGCGACAGAUGGCGGCCCGCGAGCGCAAAGUGACUCGGACCAUCUUUGCCAUCCUGCUGGCCUUCAUCCUCACCUGGACACCCUACAAUGUCAUGGUCCUGGUGAACACCUUUUGCCAGAGCUGUAUCCCUGAGAGGGUGUGGUCCAUUGGCUACUGGCUCUGCUACGUCAACAGCACCAUCAACCCUGCCUGCUAUGCACUUUGCAAUGCCACUUUCAAAAAGACCUUCCGGCACCUCCUGCUAUGCCAGUAUCGGAACAUCGGCACGGCCAGGUAGACAGGCAGGUGCCCUAGGAGGUGCUGGUGUCAUGAGUGUGUACCGGGGAACCACAUGGGCUCACCGGCUGUGGAGGAGCGAGUAGGCGGCCCCAUUCUGAGUUCGCAUCUGCUAAAGAGAACAGGUCUCUUUACAGUGAGACACAAGAAGCUCUUCGCUGGGUUUGGAGGGUAGAUCUCUACCGAAGCCCGGAGCUCAGCCCCGGACGGUCUGAACUGGCACCCCCUGACCCCUAUCUGUCACCCUGCCUCAGGAGGAUGGGGGACAAUGACUGGAGUGGGCAGCGGCUCUGUCAAGGCCAGCCAUCAGCAGAGAUGGAAGAACCAAUAGGAGAGCAGAGGCCAGGAGCAAAGGAGCCAGGCUUGGAGGGGUGGGGUACCCCGUUCUGCUGUAAUCGGUGCUUUCCGCCUCCCUGCACCCCCUCCCCCUGCAUGUAGGCUCGGUCCUUCCCUGCCCCCAAUUCCCUCUCCAGGGUGAGAGAUUCAGCCAGGCUGAGGUGCCCACUGACACUUGGUCCCUUCCCUGGCCAGCAGUCACAUCUGGAUGGGGCAACUGGGAAACCAAGCUAAGAAGCUGAUACAGACUACAGGGGACCAAGACUGAGUCAAACAGUAGUGAAUCCUCUACCUCUGUAGGAGGGAGGCCCAAGAGAAAGAAAAGAAAGUGUGGUGUGGGGGGUGAACUUGGUGACAGUGCAGGUGAGCCGAGCACCUCCAUCUCCCCGGGGAGAACCCUCCAGACUGGCAGGAGCCAGGACCAAGACUCUUAACUAGGUGAGGCAUCUGGGUUCUCUUCCCUAACCCCAGCGCUGUGGUUCCCGGGAGAGGUGACACCCAGGGGGCUCUGGAAGACAUUCUCAUCAUAACUGUUCUGCUCUUUCGAGCUGUUGGGAGCACUU